AUGCUAUAUUACCCACGUAUCUAUCUAUCUAUCUAUCUAUCUAUCUAUCUAUCUAUCUAUCCUUUCUUUAUAACUGUUAAUUCCCUUUCACUUUGUUCUUAUAUCUACCUCUUUUCAUAUCUAUCUAUCUAUCUAUCCUUUUUAAAUAAGUCUACCUAUGUAUAUUCAUAUCUAUCUAUCUAUCUAUCUAUCUAUCUAUAUUUUCUUAUAUCUAUCUAUCUACAUAUAUUUUCUUAUAUCUAUCUAUCUACAUAUAUUUUCUUAUAUCUAUCUGCAUAUAUUUUCUUAUAUCUAACUACAUAUAUUUUCUUAUAUCUAACUACAUAUAUUUUCUUAUAUCUAACUACAUAUAUUUUCUUAUAUCUACAUAUAUUUUCUUAUAUCUAUCGAUCGAUCGAUCUAUCUACAUAUAUUUUUUUCUAUCUAUCUAUCGAUCGAUCUAUCUACAUAUAUUUUCUUCUAUCUAUCUAUCUAUCUAUCUAUUUUUCUGCUAUCUAUGUUUAUUCCUAUAUCACUCUAUAUAAGCCUAUCUAUCUAUCUAUCUAUCUAUCUAUCUAUCUAUGUCUGUUCCUAUCUCUAUAUAUUCCUAUCUAUUUAUGUCUAUUCAAAUCUCUAUAUAUUCCUAUCUAUUUCUAUUCCUAUUUAUCUAUCCAUCUCUCAUUUAUCUAUUUAUCUCUCGAUCAAAUUCAAAUAUAUGGCUGCGAACGCGGUUUGCUUAAAAAAAAGUGA